AUGAUGUUUGUCCCUCGCGCGGAACCGUUGGGUCGUCCAGGAGGCGUGACUAGGGGCGGGAAGUGGGGCGGGAGCGAAGCUGUGGAGUCGGGGCUGCCGCUGUCAUGGACGCCUGGGUCCGCUUCAGCGCUCAGAGCCAGGCCCGGGAACGGCUGUGUAGGUGCGGCCCGAAUAGGAAUGGGGGGAGGGCGGGCAGAGAAAGACCUUCUUGAGGCGAGGGCCGCCCAGUAUGCUUGCUCCCUUCUUGGCCAUGCACUGCAGAAACAUGGGGCCAGUUCUGAGUUACAGAAACAGAUUCGACAACUGGAGGGUCAUCUGAGCCUAGGGAGAAAGCUUCUACGCCUCGGUAACUCAGCAGAUGCCCUUGAGUCAGCCAAACGAGCUGUGCACCUAUCAGAUGUUGUCCUGAGAUUCUGCAUCACUGUUAGUCACCUCAAUAGAGCCUUGUACUUCGCCUGUGACAAUGUCCUGUGGGCUGGAAAGUCUGGACUUGCUCCCCGUGUGGAUCAGGAGAAGUGGGCCCAGCGUUCAUUCAGGUACUAUCUGUUUUCCCUCAUCAUGAACUUGAGUCGUGAUGCUUAUGAGAUUCGCCUACUGAUGGAACAAGAGUCUUCAGCUUGUAGUCGACGACUGAAGGGUUCUGGAGGAGGAGUCCCAGGAGGAAUUGAAACUGGGGGACCUGGGGGUCCAGGGGCUCCAGGAGGAGGUCUGCCUCAGGUGGCUCUGAAGCUUCGGCUCCGAGUCUUGCUCCUGGCUCGGGUCCUUCGAGGUCAUCCCCCUCUCCUGCUGGAUGUGGUCAGAAAUGCCUGUGAUCUCUUCAUUCCACUGGACAAACUAGGCCUGUGGCGCUGUGGUCCUGGAAUUGUGGGACUUUGUGGCCUCGUGUCCUCCAUCCUGUCUAUUCUCACCCUAAUUUGCCCUUGGCUCCGACUCAAGCCCUGAUAUUCUGGUACAGGAUAAGGAGGGGAUCUGAAUUGGUGAGAUGGAAUUUUAGAUUGUCCCCGUGUACCAGCCUCAUUCUAACUCCACUCCUUGGUUAAAGCUAAAAUCCAGAGAUUUGGGAGUAAGAGGGAGGAGCUUUGGGGAAGAUGAGGUGAAGAGAGGUGACUUGUGAAGUCACUUGGAUGAGUCACUUGUUCAGAUCUGCUAGAACUUUUGUUCUUUUCCUCCUUCAUUGCAUUGUCUGUGUCUCUCUUGACUCUUUUUACUGUCUCUUAAGUCUAUUUAAGGUUCUGUCUCUGUAUCUCUUUUGUACCUUCUCAGUCCCUGUCAUAGGAAUUUAAUCAGCAGGAUUACUUUUUGGUAUGGGAGAUAGAAGGUAUGGUCUAUAAUUUUCUAACUGCCUUCUUCUUUUUCCUCACAAAGGUGACUUGUGGCUGUUAUUUUCCCCUUCAGACUCCAGAUUUAAUUUUGAAGGCUUGAUGUCCCAGUGGACUCUUCCCACAUGCACCAGAAGUAGUUUCAUGCUUCCUUUUCCUCUCUCAUGUCUACCUCACCAAGCUUUCUCAUGAUUUGCCCUUACCUUUCCCUCCACUCACACCUGCAGGUUUCUGCUUACACUUUGAUUUCAGGGCCUUGUUCUAGCCUUUCCAUACCCCUUCUUUGCCUAUCCAGAAUGAUGCUAUGUUUAGCAUCUUGUUGUAAAUACUGUAUAGUGAUUCUGUGUAAAUAGCUGAGGCCCAAGCCCAUGAUGGAUAGCAAAGCCUUCCAGGUUAGCAAAUUAAAGAUCAAUUUGCUCAUUGAUGUUUGGUCUGGUCCCAUGUGUUGUGGUCAUCUGAGGCCCCUGUUUCUGUCACUGUGGUUUGGGUUUUCCAUAGGAUUAGCCACUGGCAUCAUUAUCCACAGACUUUUAUUGAGCAUCUACAGUAUGUAGGGCAUAAUACUAAGUGGUAGAGAUACAGAAAGCUAAGAGGCUCCAUGUUCCCAACUUCAGAAGUUUAUAGCUUAGUUGAGGAGAUGGGAGUCUAAUGUUAAAGUAAUAAUACUGGUUCCACAAAGCUACCCCAUACCAGUUCAUGGUUUAUAGUUCCUCCAAAAACUAUAAUGCCAUAAGGCAGCAUAGGCUAAGAGUCACAAACAGAACUAAGUGGAAUGGAGAUGGUAAGUCUUGGUUUGUGGGUGGGCUGUGUCUUCACAUGUUGGGACUCUGAGUAGGUGGGGAAAUGAUAUCACUGUUAUCAGCUCUUUCAUUUUCCAUAUUCCAGGUUGAGAUAAAUAAGGUUAGGAGGUAAAAAGAAUCUGUCUCCCACUCCUACCUUCUAUUCCAAACCUGAGGAAAGCAUUAUUGCUAGGCAACAACAAAGGGUAGAAAAAAGAGGAAGUGAAAGAAAGGACAGAAAGUCAAGAAUUGUGUUCUCUUUGGAUACUGAGAUGAUGCCUCCAGGGGGCAGCACCAAGGCAGAGAAAUACACUAAAAUCGCUCAUUCCUCCUUUCCUUGGUCUGGGGCUCCCCACACUUCCCCACCAUUACUCCUCCCAUUCCUUCCAACUUUAUUUUUAGCUGCCAGUGGGAGGGGGCAGGAUAGGAGGGAAAGUACAGAAAACAGAGAAGGAGAGGGACAGAGGCACAGAGGACUUCUCACGCAGACAGAGAACAUCCAGACAUGGAGUUCCCCCUCAUCCCCCACCUGUUCUUGCCCCUGAUGUUCCUGACAGGUGAGGGAGGUUAACUUCUUGGUUUCUGGUGGGAACGAAAGAUAUAUGGAUUGUUUAGCAUUGGGAUCUUUAUGGUUAAAAUUCUUUGGGAGUUAGGUUAAGAGGUUAACUGAUUCUAUGUUUCGUGUGUGUGUGUGUGUGUGUGUGUGUGUAUGUGUGUGUGUGUGUGGGGUGUGCGUACACAUGCGCAUGGGUUUGCAUUCUUUUGCCCACACAUAUGACUGCCUGGCAAGGGCUGAAGCUGUCCAGUGCCUUGUGUAAUAUUUGUGUCCAAUUAAAUAAAACUUUGUCCUAAGCCCUGGAAGAGUGAGGCGACCGAAAAGAAACAUGAUGUGAACUUCCACAUGGCUAGUCUGAUUACUAUUAUCCCCCUCCCUACUUCUCCCUGCCCUUGGUGGUCUCUGGGUUCCUGAGACAUAACUGACUAACUGUGUGGUCAGAACUCUGGGUUUAUCUAACCAAUGUGCUACAGUUCCUGGUCAUACAGCCUUGACGGUUUCCUGGAUGCAAAAAGGCUCACAUACAAAACACUUUUCUGAAAAUGAGCUUGGUUUGAGACAGAGCUAUAGCCAUUGGUGAAAGUGGUGGUGGGGUGGCCUGAGUGGGGGUUACUUGAAGGAGCAAGUCACAGGGAAAGAACCAUGGGAGGGACAAGAGGCCUGGAAUUUUUCCUCAUCAGUGCCCUGUAAUCUUCGUUUCCUAAAAUACCAGCUCUGAUUUUAAACAGAUUGGGGUUGGGAGGGAAGAGUCAGCAAGAACAUGAUUGAGGGGGUCUUUAGAGUGGGCUGAGAGUUAAGGAAGAAAUGCAAGUAGGCAGGGGGCAGUUGGGAGGGGGGAUGAAUUACAAAGGAAGUGGAUCGUGAGAAACUUUGGGAGUGAUGGCACCCUUGGAAAGGAUGUAUGGCAAACCAUGGAUGUAGGCGAGUGGCUCCACCCAGUUAAUUACCACUGAGGUUUCCAGGGCUGGAAUCAGCCAGAGACCUAGACAUUGGAGAAAGAGAGUGAGAGUGUAACAAUGAUACUGGGAGUCAAGAAGAGACAGGAAGAGAAGAAGAGACCCAGACAUGCAGUGUUCACUAACCUCCUCUUGUUUUCCCUAUGGUCCUGGGUUUGCGGAGAAUUUGUAAGAAAUAGUUGUUCUGGGGCUGCAGAAAGGCCUUCUCCCUCUUUUGACCCUCACAGCUUGGAGAGGAGGAUGUGUAGGAGGAAUGAUGUAGAAAAGGGGAACUUGACCCUUCCAGACAUGUCUGUAAAUGAAAUUUGGGGGAUAGGAAUGGAAAUACAUCUGUGCAACAGCAUGGCAGAGGGCCACAGUUUAGACAUCUGGACCCAAACACAGGAAGAAAAUCAUCCUUGCUUGGAGUAUAUGACAUUCACAGAGUCCAGGGCAGCUUAUGAGUAAAAAGAAGGGAGAUAGGCUGAGAUCAAAAAGUUCCCUCCACGGUUUCUCUCUGGUUGUACCUCUGGGCAUUCAUUAGGUUCUCUGGCUGAUUCCUGCUAACCUUAUGAUCCUGG